AUGGCAUCCUCAGAUGAAAAUGCUGGGUCUCCACCCACUUCUGACAAGAUGGAUCUCUCCCCUCUCGUCCACAACACCGUGCGCGCCUUCCUAAGCGCGAAAGAAUAUCGAGCAAUUCACGACAUCGCAAUCAGGCGUACACCUUCUCUCGGUAAAAGGCUCCCUGAUUCUCUGAGAGAUGAUUCAAUCACAUAUGUAGGCAACAGUCGCAAUAUGAGGGCUCUCCGUGCGUCGAUGCGUGUAUUCGCCGGCGGUGGGGUUUUGUUGAAGCUAGUAGAGGUCAUCAUAGCUCGCAUUCAAGAUCGUGUGAGCUCCGGACGGAAAGCCGGGGCGUCGCGCAUUUACUCAUCGGCUUUGCGCCUCUCCAUCUCUACGUCCCUACUUCUCCUCUUCCACCGCCUGAUCUAUCAGUUUCUCUCCCAACUCAGAUUGAAUCUUCGCGUUAAGGAUGCCCAGCCAUUCCGCGAACGGAACCCGACCAUUGCGCGCGCGCUGACCUCGCGCUAUGCCCCGGUUAUCGGCUCUAGUCUGGCUGGCUUGACUCUUCAGAUCUGUCCGCCAGAACAUCGAUUGGCUGCAGCCAUCUACUGGACGUCUCGGAGUAUGGAGACUGUCUUCAACGAUCUUGAGUCAAAGGGCUAUUUUCCGGAGGAGCAUCCAUGGUGGUUCGGCAGCUGGUUACUGAUGCCCGCCUCGUGUGCUCAACUCUUCCAUGCCUUCGUGUUCGAUCGCGAGACUACACCUCAGUGGUUUAGCAAAGUCGUCAUCGCCAUCUCCCCGACCUACUUCCCAGGUCGACCGGAUUCUAGCUCCUACUCUCGGCCAUGGCCGACCUCAGAGGAAGUGGUUGAUUCUAUUGCAUCGACCGCUGAUAUGGGCUGGCCAGCGUUUGUCUGUCCCCUUCUCUAUCCCCAAAACCCCAAAGCAAUUCAGCUUCCAGAAACGACUACCUCCCUGAUCACUGGGUCUGCUCAUCCUGCGAUAACGAACUUGUCAUGCGCGCUGCUACACCCAUAUCAGACAAGCUGCAACAUGGCAUUUAUUCAAAACGUCCUCACAUCGGCUCCUUACAUUUCACGGUGGUUUACGAUGAUUAGUCUGGCUCUAGGUAUUAUUAACAUUAAAAAACGCCCCACGCCUUUCAGAAAUAUUAGCUCCGGGUGUUGGGACAUCCUCAAGAUGACAGCCAUGCUCUCUUUCGCUGGUAGCUCCCUGUGGGGUAGUAUGUGUCUUAUGAACACGACUCUACACCGUUCAAUUUUGCCCAACAAACGCGUCUUCAUCAGUGGUGCCAUUGGCGGUUUGCCAUUCUUCUUCUUGAGCAAGAGCCGCGGUGUUUAUCUGUAUUUCCUCCGUCUAGCCAUGGACUCGGCUUGGAAAGUUGGUGUUAAGCGAGGCGUAUGGAAGGGCAUUUGGGGCGGAUCAUCCUGGCUCCUUGUCAUUUCGUGGGCUGUGAUCGGAUACAUUUUAGAAUCUAACCCGUCGGCUGUUCAAGGUGAGCGUCUGCGCAAGGCCCUUGCUUGGAUGAAAGGCGAGGGAUUUGUCGAUCCUGUCGAGAUUGAGAAGCGCAAAGCCCGUCGUGGCCGUACUCUUCAGAAAGCAGAGGAAAAAGCUGAAAAGUGA